AUGGCUUUAGCCAGGCUCUGCGCCCUGCUCGCCUGCUGCUGGGGGCCGGCGACGGUGCUGGCCACGGCCGCCGGCGACGUGGAUCCUUCCAAGGAGUUGGAGUGCAAGCUCAAGAGCAUCACGGUGUCGGCGCUGCCCUUCCUGCGCGAGAACGACCUGAACAUCAUGCACAGCCCCUCGGCCUCCGAACCCAAGCUCCUCUUCUCCGUACGCAACGACUUCCCGGGAGAAAUGGUCGUGGUGGACGACCUGGAGAACACGGAGCUGCCCUACUUCGUGUUGGAGAUCUCAGGCAACACGGAGGACAUCCCUCUGGUGCGCUGGAGGCAGCAGUGGCUGGAGAAUGGCACUUUACUUUUUCACAUCCACCACCAGGAUGGCGCCCCAAGCCUCCCUGGGCAAGAUCCAACCGAAGAACCGCAGCAUGAGUCAGCAGAAGAGGAGCUGAGAAUCCUGCACAUCUCAGUCAUGGGUGGCAUGAUCGCACUGCUGCUGUCUAUCUUGUGCCUGGUGAUGAUUCUGUACACUCGCCGGCGCUGGUGCAAGCGCCGCCGGGUCCCUCAACCCCAGAAGAGUGCCAGCGCUGAGGCGGCCAACGAGAUCCAUUACAUUCCUUCCGUGCUCAUCGGCGGGCACGGGCGGGAGAGUCUGCGCAACGCCCGCGUGCAGGGCCACAACUCCAGCGGCACCCUGAGCAUCCGGGAGACGCCUAUCCUGGACGGCUACGAGUACGACAUCACCGACCUGCGCCACCACCUGCAGCGGGAGUGCAUGAACGGAGGGGAGGACUUCGCCAGCCAGGUCACCCGCACCCUUGACUCCCUGCAGGGCUGCAACGAGAAGGCAGGGAUGGACCUCACGCCGGGAAGUGACAAUGCCAAGCUGUCACUGAUGAACAAGUAUAAAGAUAACAUCAUCGCCACCAGCCCUGUGGACUCCAACCACCAGCAGGCCACUCUGCUCUCUCACACCUCGAGUAGCCAGAGAAAGAGGAUCAACAACAAAGCAAGAGCUGGUUCCGCCUUCCUGAACCCUGAAGGGGAUUCUAGCACGGAGGCAGAAAAUGACCCCCAACUGACCUUUUACACCGACCCCUCACGGAGCCGAAGGCGCAGUAGAGUGGGCUCUCCCCGAAGUCCUGUGAACAAGACGACCUUGACAUUGAUCAGCAUCACCAGCUGCGUGAUUGGCCUUGUGUGCACCUCUCAUGUCAGCUGCCCCCUCGUGGUCAGAAUCACCCUGCACGUCCCCGAGCACCUCAUCGCUGAUGGGAGUCGCUUCAUCUUGCUGGAGGGGAGCCAGUUGGAUGCCAGUGACUGGCUGAACCCUGCCCAAGUGGUUCUCUUCUCUCAGCAGAACUCCAGUGGACCCUGGGCCAUGGACCUCUGUGCCCGGCGGCUCCUGGACCCCUGUGAACACCAAUGCGACCCUGAAACUGGGGAAUGCCUCUGCUACGAAGGUUACAUGAAGGAUCCAGUGCACAAGCAUCUUUGCAUUCGGAAUGAAUGGGGAACCAACCAGGGGCCUUGGCCUUACACAAUAUUUCAGCGAGGCUUUGACCUGGUUUUGGGAGAACAGCCUUCUGAUAAAAUAUUCAGAUUCACCUACACCCUUGGGGAGGGCAUGUGGCUGCCACUCAGCAAAAGCUUUGUGAUUCCACCAGCUGAACUGGCCAUCAACCCAUCAGCAAAGUGCAAGACAGACAUGACGGUGAUGGAAGAUGCUGUGGAGGUCCGAGAGGAGUUGAUGACCUCGUCCUCCUUCGACAGCCUGGAGGUCCUCUUAGACUCGUUUGGACCAGUCCGUGAUUGCAGCAAGGACAAUGGGGGCUGCAGUAAGAACUUCCGCUGCAUCUCAGAUCGCAAACUGGAUUCCACCGGCUGCGUGUGUCCCUCCGGACUCAGCCCCAUGAAGGACAGCUCCGGCUGCUACGACCGCCACAUUGGGGUGGACUGCUCUGAUGGCUUCAACGGGGGCUGUGAGCAGCUGUGUCUGCAGCAGAUGGCGCCCUUCCCGGACGACCCCGCCGUGUACAACAUCCUCAUGUUCUGUGGAUGCAUCGAGGAUUACAAGCUUGGUGUGGAUGGACGCUCUUGCCAGCUCAUCGCGGAGACAUGCCCAGAGGGAGGUGACUGUGGGGAAAGCAGAGAGCUUCCCAUGAACCAGACCCUCUUUGGGGAGAUGUUCUUUGGUUACAAUAACCAUUCCAAGGAAGUGGCGGCUGGACAGGUGCUGAAAGGAACGUUCAGGCAAAACAACUUUGCUCGAGGUUUAGACCAGCAACUGCCAGAUGGUCUUGUGGUGGCCACUGUCCCCCUGGAGAAUCAGUGCCUGGAGGAAAUCUCGGAGCCCACCCCAGACCCCGACUUCCUGACUGGGAUGGUGAACUUCAGUGAGGUGUCCGGAUACCCCGUGCUGCAGCACUGGAAGGUCCGCUCUGUCAUGUACCACAUCAAGCUCAACCAAGUGACCGUCUCUCAGGCCCUCAGCAACGCCCUCCACUCCCUGGACGGGGCUACAUCUCGUGGGGAUUUUGUAGCCUUGUUGGACCAGUUUGGCAACCACUACAUCCAGGAAGCUAUCUACGGCUUUGAGGAAUCCUGCUCUAUCUGGUACCCAAACAAGCAGGUCCAGCGGCGACUCUGGCUGGAAUAUGAAGACAUCAGCAAAGGCAACUCCCCAUCCGACGAGUCAGAGGAGCGGGAAAGAGACCCCAAGGUGCUGACGUUCCCAGAGUACAUCGCAAGCCUGUCAGAGUCUGGCACCAAGCGCGUGGCAGCUGGAGUCCGCCUGGAGUGCCAGAGCAAGGGCCGAUGCCCCUCGUCCUGCCCCCUGUGUCACGUGACGUCCAGCCCUGACACCCCUGCCGAGCCAGUUCUGCUGGAGGUGACCAGAGCCGCCCCCAUCUAUGAGCUGGUGACCAACAACCAGACCCAGAGGCUCCUGCUGGAGGCCACCAUGAGCUCCCUCUGGUGCUCCGGAACUGGAGACGUCAUCGAGGACUGGUGUCGGUGUGACUCCACCGCUUUCGGAGCUGACGGGCUCCCCACCUGCGCGCCUCUCCCACAGCCCGUGCUGAGACUGUCCACGGUUCACGAGCCCAGCAGCACCCUUGUGGUCCUGGAAUGGGAACACUCAGAGCCUCCGAUCGGGGUGCAGAUUGUAGAUUACCUCAUCCGUCAAGAGAAGGUCACUGACAGGAUGGACCACUCCAAAGUGGAGACAGAAACGGUGCUAAGCUUCGUAGACGACAUCAUCUCUGGGGCGAAGUCUCCGUGUGCGAUGCCCUCUCAGGUCCCAGACAAGCAGCUCACCACAAUCUCUCUGAUCAUCCGAUGCCUGGAACCCGACACCAUCUACAUGUUCACCCUGUGGGGUGUGGACAACACAGGCCGACGCUCCAGGCCAAGUGAUGUGAUUGUGAAGACCCCUUGCCCUGUGGUGGAUGACGUCAAAGCUCAAGAAAUAGCAGACAAGAUCUACAAUCUCUUCAACGGCUACACCAGCGGGAAGGAGCAGCAGACGGCCUACAACACGCUUCUGGAUCUGGGCUCCCCGACUCUCCAUCGAGUCCUCUACCACUAUAACCAGCACUAUGAGAGUUUCGGAGAAUUCACCUGGCGGUGUGAGGAUGAACUGGGCCCCAGGAAAGCUGGCCUCAUCCUUUCUCAGCUUGGAGAUCUCAGCGGUUGGUGCAACGGACUCCUCCAGGAACCCAAGAUAGGCUUGCGACGCAGCUCCCUCAAGUACCUGGGCUGCCGCUACAGCGAGAUCAAGCCCUAUGGACUUGACUGGUCAGAGCUCAGCCGGGACCUUAGGAAGACGUGCGAGGAGCAGACCCUGAGUAUCCCCUACAACGAUUUCGGGGACAGCAAAGAUAUCUAG